UACAAGACCCGCCUAGCUAACGUCUCUUUGCUGGGUAGCUGUGGCGCUUUUUGUCACCGCCUUUCCAACCGACGUUCACACCGGGUGAAUGUAUCCGGUGCGGGGUUAAUCACUCCGGGAUGGAAACUGUACUUCGAUACGAAAACGUGGAGUGGAGCACAUUCAGGCUGUUGGCUUGUCCUGCUUUUGCCCCGAGCGGGGUGAUCAGUGCCAGUUUUAGGCUGCACACGUUUGUUCCUCACCAUUGAUUCCUUAUGCUUGAAAGAAGCUGCACCCUGUGUCUUACAGGAUGGAUGGAGUGAACUUAAAGAGACUUUUGUGUCAUCAUCAAUACUCUACAUUCUGCUGUGGUGUUCGGUCUCUUUCCAUUCACAAGAGAACACCCCCAUCACAUAUCCCAAGUCUCUGUGUUACAUAUAUAAAGACACACUUUGAACAGUGAAAAAGGACGGCACCAGAUAGAUAUUCUGAGUUUAAAUUUUUCUUUUUGAAGCACACAUUACUACAUCUCACUCAAGCCUAUGUGACAGACAUGGAAAACUUCUUGUUUUAAUUUAUUUUUGUUACUGUACCUUCUUAGUCUGGGUGGUGGGAUGUCGGAAAAGCCAGAUGACAAAAUGGUGAAGUUCCUAGCUCCCCAUCAAAAAAGUGGAAAUGGCCCAAGUUCUGGAUCUGACUCAAUGGUGAAUGAGCCUCGAUCCCUAGAAGUGAGACGCCGGCAUCACACCAUGGAGCGCGACAGGUGUAACCCUGAACAUCGAUUUUUACGUCGAAGUGUCAUCAGUGAUUCCAACGCUACGGCGUUAGCCCUUCCUUUACCUAGUAAAAUUCCCAUUUUGGCACCUCAACGAAGUGAGACGCAGGAACCCGUUCUUCAGCGACAAAAGGCCGCUGCCGCUCAAUUAUCAAAGGCUGAACUAAGAAAAGAACAAAGUGAAAAAUAUGCUGAAAUUGAAAGAGAAAAGCAAGAUAAGGAUUUAGAAAUAGCCAAGGUAGAUGCGCCUUCAGCACAAGAGUCUGCUCGUGUACUAGAUCUCUGUGAUGGAGAGGCGUUGGUAGCGGCUCACACUGCACCAUGCCUAGUAACAGAAUUGCCAAUUCACUCAGAACCUGUAAGCACCACUGAGGUGAAGGAGCCUCCUGUGGAUGAGGGGGAAGAGGAAAAUAAGGGUUCUGCCAAGGCACGGGCAGAGGCAGAGCAAAGAGAAGCUGAGAAAAGAGAGCAGGAUGACAUUGAAGAGGCAGAGACAAAAGCAGUGGGAACAUCACCAGAUGGACGAUUCCUGAAGUUUGAUAUAGAAAUUGGACGUGGCUCUUUCAAGACCGUCUACAAGGGCUUGGAUACAGAUACCACAGUGGAGGUGGCCUGGUGCGAGCUGCAGGAUCGUAAGCUCUCAAAGUCCGAGCGGCAACGCUUUAAGGAGGAAGCAGGGAUGUUAAAGGGACUGCAGCAUCCCAACAUUGUUCGCUUUUAUGACUCCUGGGAGGGACCUUCCAAGGGAAGGAAGUGCAUUGUACUGGUCACAGAACUCAUGACGUCUGGUACACUCAAAACCUAUCUGAAGCGGUUCAAGGUGAUGAAAAUUAAAGUGCUACGAAGCUGGUGUAGACAAAUCUUGAAAGGACUCCACUUCCUUCAUACCCGGACCCCCCCAAUCAUCCACAGAGACCUGAAGUGUGACAACAUCUUCAUCACAGGACCAACAGGAUCCGUCAAGAUAGGAGACCUGGGACUCGCCACGCUCAAGCGUGCAUCUUUUGCCAAGAGUGUCAUAGGUACCCCUGAGUUCAUGGCGCCUGAGAUGUAUGAGGAGAAGUACGACGAGUCAGUGGAUGUUUAUGCCUUUGGAAUGUGCAUGCUGGAGAUGGCCACCUCAGAGUACCCUUACUCAGAGUGCCAGAAUGCUGCACAGAUCUACCGCAGAGUAACCAGCGGGGUGAAGCCAGGCAGCUUCGAUAAGGUGGCCAUUCCUGAAGUAAAGGAGAUCAUUGAGGGAUGUAUUCGUCAGAACAAGGAUGAGAGGUACUCAAUCAAAGACCUUCUGAACCACGCCUUCUUCCAAGAGGAUACAGGUGUACGGGUGGAGCUGGCAGAAGAGGAUGAUGGAGAGAUGGAGGCAAUCAAGUUGUGGCUGAGAAUUGAAGACGUAAAGAAACUUAAGGGGAAGUACAAAGACAACGAAGCCAUUGAGUUUUCUUUUGACCUCCACAAAGAUGUCCCAGAGGACGUGGCUCAGGAAAUGGUUGAGUCUGGUUACAUUUGUGAAGGUGACCACAAAACCAUCGCAAAGGCCAUAAAGGACAGGGUGUCUUUGAUCAGUCGUAAGAGGGCACAGCGGCAGCAGGUCAGAGAAGAUCAAGAGAAGAGAAAGCUUGAAGAGGAGCUACAGAGUCAGUUGUCAUCACAGCAGCCAGGCCAGCCGUCCUGCGUUGAGAUGCCCCAGUCUCAGCCAGUACCACAGCCUGCUUCGUAUGUAGCUCCACAACUUAACCAGCACAGCUCACAGAUCAGUGCCCAACCAGCUUCUCAGCAAAACCUCCAGAGCUACAGCUCUACUCAGUCCACCCUCCUGACCGGCAUGUCCCAGGGGGUCCCUUAUGUUCCCCAGUCAGCCGGGCAAGUUCAGGUCCCAGUUCAGGGUCAGAGUGUAACCGGUAUCCAGCCAGAGUCAGAGGAACCUGAGACUGACCAACAGCUACAGCACACAGGAGGAGUGCGGGACAUGGGGGACAGGCUACCUGGUACCUCUGUCCUUCCUGAGACCCUGCCUGCUCAGCCUGGAGUCUCCUACGGUGCUCCGAGUCAGCACCUUCAGACCCAGGUGCCAUGCUCACAGAUUCAGAAUGAUCCAACACAACAGUUGGCAGCGAUACAAAGUGUUCCGCCUGAUGUCGUCUCCACCAACCAGUCUGCUUCAGUUGCACCUGCACAGAUUCCUUCCCAGCAGGUCGUGAUGCCCCAGCCGUCCCAGGCGGCUCUUCCUCUGCAGCAGCAGCCAGAGACCAACCUCACACAGCCACAGGCUGGAGCUCAACAGCUGCAGGGUUCUGUGACGAUGCCUCUGUCAACACCAGUGGAGCAGUCUGCUGGAGCUUCUGCACUCGCACCCCCGUCUACAGACAGCUGCCUGUCAGAUGCAGCUUCAGGUCUCAGUGAUGGAAAUGAAGGAAAUUCUGCAUCCGGGGGUCGCCAUGAGGGGCGUUCUAUGAAGCGCCAUCAGCGACAGUCGGUUCGCAGUCGCUCUCGACAUGAGAAGACCACGAGGGCAAAGCUGAACGUUCUCAGUAUUUCUAAUGUGGGAGACAGAGUAGCAGAGUGCCAGCUGGAAACGCACAACAGGAAGAUGGUGACCUUCAAAUUUGAUCUUGACGGCGAUAACCCAGAGGAGAUAGCAAAAAUCAUGGUUGAAAGUGAGUUCAUCCUGGAGAGUGAGCGCGAGUCCUUCAUUGAGCAGGUCCGUGAGGUCAUAGAAAUGGCUGAUGAGAAAAGAGAGGGCUUGAAGGAAGGCUUCCCCCAGAUUGGGGAUCUCCAACAGCAGCCACAGCUGAUUGUUCCCAUGGUGCCAGGUAUUUCCCCCAGUACUACGUCUCAAGUGGUUAACUCAGGAGGAAGGAGGUUCAUAGUCAGUCCUGUCCCAGAGUCUCGUCUUAAAGAACAGUUCUUUGGAGCCCCAUCUGCUAAUACGUCUGUUAGUGAUGAUGCUCCCUUGGGCCUCUCUCUCUCUGCUCCAUCUGGGACUCUGAAGCAGGCCUUUAGUGAAGUCAAGCAGGCUCGUAUGGACAGAAGCAACACCUUAGAUCCUGCUGCUAUUGAGUACGAGCCAGCCGCUGCUCCUCCCACUGAUGCUUGUCCAAGUUCUAACAGUGUCCCGACUCCUCCAGAAGCUGUGGCUUCCACCCCUGUUUCUGUACCAUCUUCCACAACAUCCCCACCACCUGCACCAGGUGGGCGGGUUUCACCUUCACCUGCAUCAGUUACACCCCACACUGUAGUUAAUGAGUCCAGUCCACCACCCCCGUCUUCACAUGAAACGGCUCACUCACAGGUUCCAUCAUCUGCUACUGUCCCUCCUCCAUCCUCAACAGUUUCUCCUCCAUCAUCACAGACCUCCGUCCCCGUGGUUCCUGUGCCUCAGGCAAACACCUUGGUCUCUUCUGUAGCUGCUGGUAUCGCCACUUCUGUAGGAACCGUCCCUUCUUCAGAGCAGCAGCCCUUUAACAGCACAGUUUCAUCCUCUCAGCCUAUCAAUUCUCAGCCCCUACCUCCUACUUCAUUACCCAGCCAGACCCAGGUGGAGUCAGAGGGACCUGACGCCCAGUCUAAAACCGCCGGCAGAGACGACAUUCAAACUCUAGAUAUGAAACUCCGCUCCCUCUUUAAAGACCAGAGCACCGCCUCCGCAGUGCCAUUGGAUCACAGUCAGAGCACCGGAACCUCCUCUCCUCCUACUGGAACCUGCUCUCCUCCACCUGGAACAACCACAUUGCCCCCUUCUAACCUUCCCCUCAGUUCUGGGGUACAAGAUGUUCUAGGCUCCACAACAACACCAGCAGGACAUGUCCAGACCCCUUCUGCUAACGCCAGGGUGCAGACUUUACCUACUGAUUUUGAUCCCUCUGCUACACCACCUUCAGAAGUUCUGCCCCCAUUCCCUGGACCACCACAGUCCCAGCAGCUUCAGGGAAAUGUGGACGCCCAGCUGAAAAGAGCUCCAAGUCUAGAAACUAUCCAAGGGGGGGACAGUGUGCUGAUCUCAGCUGCAGGUUUGCCUCAAGAAGGAUUAAAAAUCUUUGAUGGUGCACCUGGCAGCACUCUAGAGCCGUUGAGUGUUGUUUCUUCUUCAUCCCUCACACCAUCCUCCACUUCAUCGUCCUCUUCAUCGUCCUCCUCUGCACCCUCCAGUCCAGAAAACACUCUCCACAGGUCGUCCCCUCUGCCCAAAGAAUCCACUGAAGCUGAUGGAGUCUCUUCUCUCUCUGACCGACCCGUCGGUCACACAACUAACAUUGGACGCUUCCAUGUGUCCAAGAGCAGCAUCCCCACGUCUGAGCCGUCUCCUGGGGCUAAAGUGGGACGAUUUUUUGUCACAGUGACCCCAGCCCCAAGCUCUAGUCCAUCACGUGGCUCCAGCAUGCAAAAUGGACCCACCUCCGACCCUCAGAACACACACGCCCAUUAUAGCAGCGACAACGAUGAGGACUCGGGCACAGAGGACGAAGCCCUCCAGAAAGAAAUUAGUCGUCUCAGAGAAAAACACAUGAUGGAGAUUCAGUCCUUGCAAGCUCGUCAGAAGGAGGAGAUAGAAGCUCUGUACACGCGAAUGGGAAAAGAUCCUCCGUCCGUCUUUUCUCCUGCUGUCGCUAUGGCCGGAGGUCGACGUAGGACCAAAAGCAAAACCUACAAAGGUCGCAGCAGUGGACAGCCCAGUCCCAUACACUCAGCUCAGAUUCUUGGAUCUGAGUCUUCUCCAAAGCAGGGUUUACCUUCUGCCACAGAAGCAGCAGUAAGCAGGAUGCCUAUAGAACGUUUCACAACGUCUCCAUCUCUGCCGAUUCUCAGCAGCGUCUCUACUGGAUCAAGUGGGACCAGCUCCACAAAUGGAUCUGGUCUUUGUCAGAAUGUCUCUACUUCAGUUUCCCAGGUGACUGGACUUCCUCCUUCUGGCUCUCAGACUCAGAAGGGGAAGGGCACCUUUACUGACGACCUACACCAACUGGUGGAUAACUGGGCCAGAGAUGUUAUCAGCUUGUCCCAGUGCAAGAAGGGGCCUAAAACUGGAGCACAAACCACGCUUGAACAUGAAGUUAUUCCUUCAGGCAACGUGGGCCGUAAGUUUUCUGCUCCAGGCUACCUCUGCCCCGCACCCACACCCUCCAACAACACAUCCACCACCACCACUCAUCUCUCCAGCACUACCAAUCCUACAGCCUCUCUGGGGCCCCGUAAAGGCUCUCUGCAGCCAGUCGCCCAGAGCUUUGGAUAUGCCUCUGGCCCCUACAGUGCUCCUCAGUGGGCAGGACCCACAGGCACAUGCCAGGUCAGCGUGCAUAACCCAGCACAGCCAGUAAAACAAUACCAGCCACAGACAACAGCCUCGUCAAUUCACCAAGGCUACCACAUGGGAGCAACACCAACCAACCAGAUGUCAGCCAGUCAUGGAGGGGCCAACCUGAGGCCCACGUAGCCCAGAUGGAUCCCUCUUCAGGCUGAGAUGAAGGGCCAAACAGGGAAGAGAACUCAGACCGCCGCCGAUCGAGAACCACAGCCUGCUUGCUUUCUGCUGAUUACCCGGCUUUAUAGAGCUUUUUUUAUUAUUAUUAUUUCAACUUUUAACAUUGUUUAUCAUUUCUAGUGAAGAGAUGACCUGUGUGGUUCGAGCCGUCUCAGGUAGAUCAAGUCUAUCUGGCAGAAGAGUGCAAUAUACACCCACAGCACCAACGUCCCCAUAUUUAGCCCGCCAUUAGCUGUGGAAACAAGCUGUGAUGAAGGUGGUUGUGUCCUGAAAUGCACCAAAGGCGUAACCAAAAGCUGCCAAAGGUGUCUUGAGAGCAGAUGUUGCAAUAUUGUCAUUCCUUAGAAGGGGAGAGGAAAUGAAGGGAUAUUCGUUCACAUCCAGACUGAUGAGAUAGAUCUGACAGAACCUGUUUAAUGAAGUGGUAUCAGUGAGUGAAAGGAGAAUGUAAGUGUACAGAAAGAGAGAUAAAAGUGGGACAGCGAGUUUGUCCAAUAAUGAGAUGGUGUUGGGUUAAGAGAAGAAAAAUGUCGGUAAGUUAGACUCAUUCAUAGGGUUGCAGUACGAAUAGAUCCCAGUGACUACUACGUAUGAUGCAAUAAUAGUGAAGUAGAUGAAAUGUCCCUUGUAACUGUGGCCUUAAAUCCUCCCCCGAAAACAUUUAAACAUCGGCUUUGUAUAUAGAGAUUUCUCCACUGGGUUACGAUUCUGUAUUUAACAUAUUUCUGUCUCUGUGAGAGUCUGGUGGUGGUGUGAUUUAAGUUUUCUAUCGUACAGAUUUAUUUCUGCCACAUUAGACCAUCGUCCUGGUGUUGACCGCCAUGUUUGCAACUGACAAAGUGACGCUGCUGAAGUUCCCAGUCCGGGCAGACUGGUGUGUUUCCAACAGUUGUGAUACGAACUGUGAAGUGUGCUCAUAUCUAGGAUGGUAUUUAUACAAAUGUUUCAGUUUAACAGGAAGUGUCACUAAACAUGUCUCCCAUCAAAAGUGUCCUGGGGGGUGUUUUCUCUGUGGUCUGGUUUUGUAUGCGUAUAUUUAAUACAACAGACGAUGUUCUUUAUGGACCUGUAUUCAGUCAUCAGAUUUUGAUGUUGUUUCACUGUAAUUAUUAUUAAAGGUUGUUAAACAACAUGUAGUUAAAUAUAAAAAAAGUGCAAUUGCAGGGUUGUUAUGAAUAUCCUUCUCACCAUGCAGGAAUAAUCGUGUCAUUUAUUAAGCUCUUCUUCAGCCCUGCACCCCUUUUCUAUUGUUUUUGUAUAUAUGCUAGUGAGGUAAAUGCUUUCACUUCUCCGUCACUAGAGUAUGCUUGUGGUGACCCACUCAAAAUGCACACGCACUCUAACCCAUAGAUACAAGGAACACUUAGUGCCUUGCACCCUUACUAAUAGGUUCCAGAUUAAUCCAGUCCACCAGCUGUGGCUGCUGCAGAACCAGUAAUCGACGUUAAACUCCAGUUCAGAGCAUGCAACACUGAAUCCGACGCCAGGACUGCAGAACAAAGAGCACACGGAGUAAAGUGGGAAAAAAAGGUUUCUUUUCUCUACAUUUGUGUUGGCUGCCUAUUUAUAUUUGGCUCAUGGUAACGUGGAUUUUGCUGACAUUUUUUGUGGAUUUAUUAUUAAAUUAUUUCAUGGGAGCACGUGUUCAAGUAGCGACUGAGCUGUACAAAGGUUCAAGUCAUCCUGCUGACUCAGCUGUUGUCUCACCACCUCGCAGGAGUGCCAUGCUGCUGUUGACUCUUUUCACCUGCUUGUAGAUUGAAUUAUCUUCUCUAGAGAAAAAAAAAAGUUACUGCAAUGCAGAAUAUGCAAUGUUUAAAGUUUUAUAGGGAGUAAGGGGUGUUUGCAUUUGCAUGCUGAUGUGGUGAUACCAUCUUUAAUGUUUUUGAUAUCAGAAAAAGGUUGGGUUUAUUUUUAUUUUGCUUUUCCUUGGAAUAUUGGAAGAUGUCCGGCAGUCAUCUUUUCAGUUUCACAGGCACAACUUCAGCAUCUAAAUAUCAGCAUACAAGCUCUGCAUGUUUACUUGACUGGUGUUUAAUCUUGCAUUAAAAACUUAACUCACCACUGUACAGCACAGAACUGCAAAAGGUUAAGAUCCGUGAGCUCAUAUGUCCACUCAGAACCGCUCCAGGCCACUGAAACAGUUUAACUCUCAUUUCUGAUCUCUCCAGACUCCUGUGGUUCCACGUCUGUUUUGUGUAUGUUUUUCACAUUGUACAAAAUGUAAAAAACAAAUAAAAAUAUCAAAUACAAAACUUA